CUGCACGCCCUGCCAACACACACCAACACACUCUGCCGGCGUAUAAACAGUGCUGAGAUCCAGACCUAAGAGACGAGCAGGGGAGCACUUCGCAGUGAAAGCCAGGCUCUGAAAGCGAGACGACACAGUCAUGCUGCUGGCGCUGAGAGCUCUGCUGGUCCUGGGUUUGGCCUCUCUGCUCUGUGCCGCCAGGAAAGACCAGAUGGUCUCAUCGAGGCUGGGAUGGGGAUCUGGGCUGAAAGUCAACCGUGUGAAACUGGUCCUGGAUCCCUCAGUGCUGCCCCUGUCCACCCAAAGGAGUAGCUCAGAUAUCGCCAACAUGUCUCUGACACCGUGGAAGUACAGAGAGGAGGACGUGCCAUCUCGUUUUCCUAAAGUAAUGGCACACGCUGAGUGCCUCACCACUGGCUGCCUGAGCCUGCAGGGGGGAGGCGAGGAUCAAGCCCUCGAGGCGAAACCCAUCUACUAUCAGGUCCUGGUUCUCAAAAGAGUUCUAAGAAAAAGCCACUCCAAAAAGUCCCAUGAAGGGAAGAAGGCAAGGAAAAGGUACGACUUCAUGCUGGGGACAGAAACGGUCGCCGUGGGCUGCACCUGUGUGAGGCCCAGCAUCAUACCCCAGCAGUAACAGACUGAAAUUCUUUCAUGGUGCUGUGAACGCAGUUUUUAUUCAUUUCAGAUAUGCAAUAUUUUAAGUUAUCAAAUGACUGUAUAAUUUGAAUGAGUCUUUUUGGAGUACUGUGACUUUUUAGUGCUAGCGUGUUCCUCGCUAGUCGCGUUAGCUCAGCUAGUUAACAGCGAACCCUGCAUGUAAUUUCUGUUCACCUUUUCGCUCAUGGAUGAAUUCUAGCUGUGCUGCUUUCCUGUGUGACCUAGCUUUUAACAUGUUAGUCGUACGAUCCUGCUCUGCUGGCAGUUGCAAAGGCCUGUGCUUUUCUGUGCUCCCUAGUGGCAAAAAAUGGCUUAAAGCAGCUUACAGUGUCUGGCAAACACUGUUACACUGUAAAAUACACAUUUUUAAACACACAUACUUGAUAUUUUUGAAGGCAGUCUGAGUUUUAAACUAGGACGUUAUUAGAUAUAUACUGCCUGGCCAAAAAAAAAAAAAAAGUUGCCGCCAACAAAAAAAAGGUCACACACUCUAAUAUUUGGUUGGUUUAGCUUUGAUUACAGCACAUAUUCACUGUGGCAUUGUUUGCAUAAGAAUCAUCUGAUUUAUUUCCAAAAAAGUGUUGUAUUAAUUUUACACCAAGAUCUUGUGUUGAUGAUGGGAGAGCCUGACCGCUGCUCAAAGCCUUCUCCAGCACAUACCAAAGAUUAUCAGUGAUUAUCAGUUCUGGUCUGGACUCUGUGGCGGCCAAACCAUGAGUGAAAAUGAUGUCUCGUGUUCCCUGAACCACUCAUUCACAAUUUGAGCCCCAUGAAUCCUGGUCAUGUCAUCUUGGAAUAUGUCCGUGUCAUCAGGGAAGAAAAAUAUCCAUUGAUGGAAUAACCUGGUCAUUCGGUAUAUUCAGGUAGUCAGCUGACUUUGGGCAUAAUGUUGCUGAACCUAGACCUGAGAAACUGCAGUUAGUUGUAGUUAGUAGUAGUUACAUUAUAUCUGAAAAAAGUCAUGCUGUUAACAAUAAAUUGUGUUUUGAAUUUUG